AUGACCAUUGAAAUCUGCAAAUUGUUGUACAUGGAUACUGAUAGUUUUAUAUAUGAACUAAAGUGUAAUGAUGUAUAUGCAGAAAUGAUAAAGACCGAUAUUUCUAGAUUUGAUACAUCCGAAUAUGCUGUGGAUAAUAAUUAUUUGAUUCCUCAAGCAAAUGAAGAAAAAAUGUGUUUUUUAAAGGAUGAGGCCAAUGGAAAAAUCGUAACUCAUUUUGUAGGGUUACGUUCGAAAAUGUAUACUAAUAAAGUACAAGGAGGUAAGGUUUUAAAAAAGUCCAAAGGGGUAAAAACUAAUGUUGUGAAAAAUAAAAUUGGUUUCGAAGACUAUUUGGCUUGCUUGAAAGAGUUUAAACAGAUAACAACGUCCCAACGCUGUAUACGUUCAUAUGCCCACAAUGUUUUUAGCAUUGAACAAUCGAAAGUUGCUCUGAGUCCUUAUGACGAUAAGCGAUAUUUAAUACCAGUUUCUUUCGAAACGUUGCCCUGUGGCCAUCAGGAUGCAAAAGAGUAA